CCUCAAGAUGUUCAAUUUACUUAAGAGACGAUGAAGCGAGCAUGGAGAAUCUCCGGGGCCUCAACGGCGGAACUGCUUAUGCAGAUAUGCUCCGUAGAGGCCAAAUCUCUGUAUUUGUUCCCUCCACUCUCUAACAUCUCGAGGAGCUCAAGCCGCAGUUUCAUCAAAGGAAUCUGUGGUCAGACGCCUAAUUGCUGCUCCGAUGGCAUCCCGAAGCCGUUCAGUUUACUCGCGGAGAAGAAGUCUUCUACGCGCCCCAUCGCUGAAGAGAAUAUGACCCAAAAAGUGUCAGGAUUGAUGAUUGAAUUGGUAGCUCAUAUUGGAGACUCCAAGAAGAUCUCAUCGGUCUUGGAAUCCAGAGCUCCUUCCUUGAUUCAAUACCACUGCAAUGGAUUUCCGUUGAUUGAGCUGUUGGAGUUGUUGGGUUCGUGGCCUCAGUUAGCCCUAGAGGUAUUUAAUUGGAGAAGGAAACAAGCUGAUGAUGCCGGUAUACCAAUGGUAUCUGAGGAGUACGCCAAAGGAAUUAGAAUUGCAGGCAGAGUUAAGAAUGUUGAUCUUGCUAUUGAAUUGUUUAUGGAUGCUGCUAAUAAGGGAAUCAAGACAACUUCUAUUUAUAAUGCACUCAUGGCUGUGUAUAUGUACAAUGGGUUGGCUGAGAAAUCUCAGUCACUUUUUCGUGACUUAAAAAGAGAACCCAAUUGUAGACCUACAAUUGUGACAUACAACAUUCUUAUCUCAAUUUUUGGUCGGCUGAUGCUGGUAGAUCACAUGGAGGCAACUUUCCGGGAGAUACAAGAAUUGAAUGUCUCCCCUAAUUUGAGUACAUACAAUAAUCUGAUUUCUGGAUAUGUUACAGCUUGGAUGUGGGAUGAAAUGGAGAAGACUUUCAGGGUUAUGGAGGCAGGCCCUAUCAAACCCAAUAGUGAUACCCACUUGCUAAUGCUUCGUGGAUAUGCACAUUCAGGCAAUUUGGAGAAGAUGGAGAAGUCUUAUGAGUUAGUGAAGGAUCAUGUGAAUGCAAAGGAAAUUCCUUUGAUUAGAGUCAUGAUAUGUGCAUAUUGUAAGAGUUCAGAUACUGAUAAAAUUAGAAAGAUUGAGGCACUACUGAAGCUGAUACCAGAGAACGAGUAUAGGCCUUGGUUGAAUGUGCUUUUAAUUAGGGUUUAUGCAGAAGAGGACUUGAUGGAUGGGAUGGAGAAUUCCAUAAAUGAAGCAUUAGAACAUAAAACUUCGGUCACGACUGUGCAUUUGAUGCGUUGUAUCAUAACAAGUUAUUUCCGAAGCAAUGCAGUGGACCGGCUUGCGAAAUUUGUGAAGCAGGCAGAGUCUGCUUGCUGGAGGAUUUGUCGGUCCUUAUAUCAUUGUAAGAUGGUCAUGUAUGCAUCACAGAAUCGGCUAGAGGAUAUGGAAAAUGUGCUUAAUGAGAUGGAAAUUUUCAACAUUUUUCCCACGAAGAAAACGUUCAUCAUCAUGUACAAGGCCUACUCAAAGUAUGGCCAAAGAUAUAAAUUAGAGAGAUUACUAGGGCUAAUGUGCAAGCAUGGGUUUGGAAUUCCAUUGGAUGCCUCUCCUUCCUAGGUCACAUUUUCACAUUGGAAAUGUGCUAUUCAAAUAUUCAGAAAUUCAUUCAUUGAAUUUGUUGCAAAUAGCUCAUGAUAUCUAAGAGGACAAUUUCAGCUCCUGGAAUGUAAGCUUCUUCUUUUCAAAUUCAUCUUGGUUUUACUUUGUCAA